UGUCGUAGCAAACUAGCUCUCGCGCCUCAUCUAUCAGUUGGUUUACCAGGCGAAGUCUACCUGGGGGGACGAUCUCGAGGGAAAUCCGAUGAAUGCCGCCCCAUCACCGGUCGAUAGGGUGCACCGGUGCGCUGUGGGGCGAGCCGGGGCAUUGGGAGAGCCUUCCUCGGACGAACGACACGGCCUAUUCCGAAACGAAUUGUGACAGACAGCUGGUUUUCGAGUCGUCGUGAGUGCCGGGCAUCGCGACGGCGGUGACAAAACGAUGCGCGCGACUCCGCGUGUCUCGCACGGCCAAUAGCGCCGAUCACGCGCGAGUCGCGGCAAAAGUUCAUUUAUUUUGACGAACGGUGUUACGUGAUCACGAUACAUAAUACAUAGCACACACACACACACACAUGUAUGUGUAUACAUACACAUAUAUAUGCUACGAGGUGCGAAAAAUCAAGACUGUCCGCGAUCGUGUCACGUGGGGCUAAUCGAGCAAUCGAGAAACGAGAUAUCGUAUGUUGUCUCUUUCUCGCGUUCGCGUUCUUGGGACGUUUAGCGAGUGAAGAAGAUGUUUAACUUUAUGAAGAAGGCCGCAGAGAAGGACGACAAGGAGAAGCGGAAGCGCGAAAAGAAGGAACGGAAGGAUGUCAAAAAGCGCGAUCGCAGCAGCAUGUCCGCGGAGGAGCUUCUGCGAUUGGAUGAGGUCCGUAGAUCACUAAAAAUUCCUGGUCGUCGGAAGGAGAAGGAAAAGUUACCGAGUGGCAUCACCGCGGAUUACAGUGCGUCGUUUUUCGCACAUCUGGACCGCGAUCUUUUAGACGCCUCGCAGAACGCAGGUCCAGGUUCGAUUAGCGCCGGUGCCAGCAGUUGGACCACUAGAACACCCGAUGGUUUGAUGCAGAGUGACUCGUCGGAGGCAUCUCUCACCUCUUUGACGACGACCACGACUACAUCGUCGACGACGACGAGUCACGCCGGUCUGUCCGGCGGCAAGUGUCUACCGCCGUUACCGCCAAAACCGCCCAAGCGAGGAAUCCUCAAAGGACCCCGAUUGACUGUCAACAGCUGCGUCGCGAACGUUCUUUCAGAAGAAAAUACGUUGCAGAACGGUACCGAAACUAGUUACCAGGAAGCCAGUAAUUUGCUGGUGAGAAACACCCUUCAGAACGAGGUGAUUACCUAUCAGAACGUACCGACACAUCUUAACAGCAUUCUGAACAAGGACGACUGCAGUGAAGAGGAAACGAUGUGUCAAACCGCGUGGCACAUCGUGCAACAACAGACAAUUCAGCAACAAUACCAGCAACAGCAACAGCAACAUCAUCAAAUCGACGCCAAAUUGCUUCAGGUUGUUACCAGUGCUAGUCCAUCCGCGGAUUCCUUGACAGACACAACAAACUCGAGUUUUGCAACGCCACCGUUCAGCCUAUCGCCCGUUGGUGAGUCCCAAGGUUUCUCGAGGUGGCGGUCGUCGGUCUCCUUUGAAGAACAAGGAAUCGAACUACAACUCCCAGAGAUUGUGCCGCUCGAGUUACCUGAACCUAGGGAACUCACCAUCCAGAGGCAACCUCCACCGCGAAAUGAUUUUGGCUUUUCGCUUCGUCGCGCCGUGAUCGUCGAGCGAGCGGCAAACGGCGUCACGCAGAUGCGACCAGUGAUUUUCGCCGAACCUGGCGCUCUGGUGCAGCACAACAAUGACACGGGUCUAUUGCCCGGUGACAGACUGAUCGAGGUCAAUGGGAUCAAUGUGGAUGACAAGUCGCGCGAGGAGAUCAUCGAUCUCAUCAAGAGCUCUGCCAGCAGUGUCACCGUAAAGGUGCAGCCAGUCGCUGAGCUAUCGGAAUUAUCGAGACGCGGUUGUGACGGACGUCAAGUCGAAUUGGCACCUGCAAAUAUCCGCAGUGGCACGCUUCGCCGGUCCGGCAGUUUGCGGUUUCAUCAAAAUAUAUUUGAAUAAUUUUUAUGAUACGUUAUGUGU